AUGCGUUCGUGGAACAACAGCGUCCAUUUUUACCAACGGCGUGGUGUUAAAUGCGGACGACGACAUCAGAGAGUUACCCGGUUGGACUUGCCAGCACUGAAACUAAUGGGACCAAUAUCACCUUAUAUUGGAAAUUUGAGCUUUCUACGGGUGUUAAGUCUUCAAAACAACAGCUUCAUUCAAGAACUUCCACAAGAAAUAGGCCGUUUACAUAGAUUGGAAGAACUAACUCUUGAUAGAAACUUCAUAGUUGGUGAAAUUCCUUCCAGUAUAUCUGGUUGUUCGAAGCUCAAACAUUUUUACAUUGGACACAAACUGCUAGUUGGAGAAAUACAUGCUGCACUUAGCCACUUGUCAAAUCUAAAGGAAUUAGGCCUUAGCAACAGCACAUUAAGAGGGAGCAUCCCUCCUUUUUUAGGGAACUUAUCAUCUUUGGAGAUAAUAUUUCUGCCACUAAAUAGAUUGUCUGGGGUUAUCCCUGAAACUCUUGGCCAACUGAAGAAUCUUAUCACUUUUGGCGUGGCAAUGAAUAAAAUGUCUGGUAUCGUUCCUUCCUCACUUUUUAAUCUCUCUAAUAUCAGAAAACUUGAUAUUGGGGAAAAUAACUUUCACAGUAGUCUUCCCUCACAAUUGGGAGUCAACAUGCCAUAUCUUGAACUGUUUUAUGUUAGCCAGAACCAACUCAGUGGACCAUUCACUCUUUCGAUAUCCAAUGCCUCUAACCUCAUCGCGCUUCGGGUUGAUGGGAACAAAUUUAGUGGAAAGAUAUCUUCAUCCCGAAAGCUAGAAAAGUUGCGAAGAUUGAAUAUUGGUGAGAAUCUUCUUGGUAGUCAGGGAGCAAAUGACUUAAACUUCCUCUGCUCUUUAACUAGUGCCACCAGCUUGGAAAUUGUGGUUAUCAAUGACAACAGCUUUGGAGGGAUAUUGCCUGAGUGCAUAAGCAAUUUGUCAACAGCUAUGACCUUUCUUUAUAUGGAAGGCAAUAACAUAGUGGGAAGAAUACCAGCAGGAUUUGGAAAUCUAAUCAACUUGGAGGGGUUGGCGGUAGGAGAAAAUCAAUUAUCAGGUUCCAUUCCAUCUGUUAUCGGUAGGCUUCAAAAACUAAAAUAUUUUGCUGUAAAUAUUAAUUCUAUCUCUGGAUCCAUCCCCACUUCAUUGGGGAAAUUUAAAGAUGUUGAUCAAGUUGCAUCUAAAUGA